AUGGCUUUACUGCAUGUGUCUUUGUUUACACAUUCGUCCACACAUUAUGGUCCAAGGUCUUGGAUAACUGAGGCAGUAUGUGAUCAUGAGAGUGAUGUGCAGACUUUUGCCAAUAGAUCUGAUGUUAAUCUUAACUGCAGAACUUCACUUUCACUUGCAAACCAUCUUGUAACCUUUCAGUCUAGUAAGCAUAAAGUUUCUGCCACAGCUAGCACACAGGUAACAGUUGAUGCAAGUGCCACCAGUGUCACCACUGUGACUGACAAUGCAGAGGAGACAUCCACCAAGACCACAACCAGCAAGUUCACUAAGACCACCAAGGUCAAGACCAUAAAAAUUGUCAAGAAGAAGAAUCCUAAUUCCCUCGUUGCCAAUGCCAUAGGUCAGUUCAACAAAAAGUCAGAGGAGGAGGUUUCACCUCCAAAGAAGAUUGUCUUUAAGAAGAGCUCUGAAUCUCCCAAGAAAGUACCAGGUUUGCCUAAGAAGGUUGUUAAGAGUGGUGAGAAUGACAGUGACACCAAAACAGCAGACAGUCCAGAGGCCAAAGAUUCCUCUGACACAAAGAAGGAAAAUGGAGAGAAGACACCUACCAGUUCAAGAACUUCAGCAGAGAAGAGCAGCAGCGAGAGUAAGGAAAUCCCAGUAAAGAAAGAACCAUCAGUGAAGAAAGAGUCUGCGGAGAGAGAAGCCAAUACCCCCAAGACUGAUGCCAAAGACGCGACAGACAAGGAGAGUUCUGCUAAGAGAGAUUCAACAGAGAGGAAGGAAUCUCCUGAAAAGAAAGACUCAGUUGAGAAGAAAGAGAGAGUGGCAAAGAGAGAAUCUUCAGAGAGAAAAGAAACCCUCGAGAAGAAGGAGAGUCUUGCCAAGAGAGAUUCAUCAGAGAGAAAGGAAACUCCAGAGAAGAAAGAAACAGUUGAAAAGAAGGAGAGUCCAGCAAAGAGAGGGUCAAUGGAGAGGAAGGCAAGCCCAGCAAAGAGAGAUUCUCUAGCCCCUUGAAGAAGAAGUCACCCUUGAAGAAGGAAACCCCUGAGAGGAAAGGCAGUCCAGCAAGGAAGACCCCGCCAACCAAGACAAAUGUUCCGGAAAAGGAGGAGACAGAGAGCAAAGAGUCCUCAGAAGUAAAGGCUGGAAUCACCAAGGAAGCUGAAGGGAAGGAGGACACUGCUACAACAGAGAAGAUAGUCUCGGAAGAGACAGAGACUUCUAAAGAGAAUACUGAAACCUCUAAAGCUAUAGAUUCUCCCAAAGAAGCAUCUCCAAAUUCUCCCAAAGAAGAAGCUCAUGAUAAGGGUGAGAGUGAGGACACUAAGGAACUGGCAGAAACAUCUGAACCAGAACCUUCAACAAGAGUAAAGGAGCCUAGCAGUGUCAUAGAGAUAACUAGAGCUUCCUCAAGUUCCUCAAGAAGCAGCAAGUCCCCAUUGUCUGAGGGAGCAAAAGCCAUAAGUGCAGAAGCGUCAAGUGGAUCUGUGGACAAAGUUCUCACAAGUGAAUCAGAUAGUUGUGCAGAGGGUGCUAGUGCUACCCCAUGCAGUAAUGACUCUAAGCCUCGUGCUGACUCUUUAGUAGACUCUGACUCAGAGCUGAGUAAUGUGAGUGUGUUUGUUAUAGUGCGUGACAUGAGUAGCCUAACUGCGAGAGUCAACAAGGAAACGAUUGUAACACCUGCCACAUCAACAUGUGGCGAGCUUAUGCAGGAGGUAGGACGACGGUUCAAGUACGAGCCCGAUUCCUUUUCUCUCAUCCUGCAAUGCUCCAAUGGUGACCAGGUUGAGAUUGAGAAAAUGGAGGCAGAACGCACACUAGCGGAUGCAAGGUUCCAAGUGGAGGGCACCCCACGUAACAACCUGAUUCUGUGCGACCUGGGUGGACACCCUCCCCGGCGCACGGAUGAGGAUGAUCUUAGUCUCGGAGCCUCAGCCUCCCCCACAGCUAGUGCUAGUGAGAAAAAGUGGUUUGAUAGGAGUAGUACAUAUAGCAACACACCUGAAUAUUCUUACUCUGCAGCUCUCAUUAAACACGAGACAGGUUACGUGGGCCUGGUGAACCAAGCUAUGACGUGCUACCUUAACAGUUUGCUGCAGACACUAUACAUGACCCCUGAGUUCCGCAAUGCCAUCUAUCAAUGGGAGUUCAAGGGCUCUGAGGAGGAGGCAGCCAAGAACAUCCCUUGCCAGAUCCAGCGUCUCUUCCUGCUACUGCAGACAACCAACAAGACAGCCGUGGAGACAACCAACUUAACAAAAAGCUUUGGGUGGGACAGUAGUGAGGCCUGGCAGCAGCAUGACAUCCAGGAGCUUUGUCGGGUCAUGUUUGAUGCUCUUGAGCAGUGCUUUAAGAACACCCACCAGUCAGACCUCAUCAACAGCCUUUAUGAAGAGGCACUUGAAGAGAUGCAGAUUCCCCCCUACAAGGAGGAGGAGCCAGAGCCAAGGCCGGAAGUGCCAAGUAGUGGAACUAGCUCAUCUGCAACAGCUGAAGAUACUGUGUCUGCCACCAGUGCUGCAAGUCCAGCCAGCUGCUCAAGCAAGGACAGUGGGAUUAGCAGCAAGGCAGCCACAGACUGCUCGAGCAGUGAGGCAGGCAGCAGUAACAACAGCUCGAUGGUGAGUCCAUCAUCUGGCCCCUUGUCAACACUCCCCACAUCAGCACAACCUCCCAGCCCUGGAAUGUCAACAUCUACGCAGGCAACAACCCCAACAGCCUCACCCACUGCUACCUCUGCGGGCAACGGUAGUGAUGGUGAGGAUGAGGGCAUUGCAGAUGCAGACAGUGGUGCAGGUUCCUCCAAUGUCAACAGUGACCAGAGUGCAAGCGAGGAUUCCUCCCUGACCAGUGACAGUGACAGGUAA